AUGUCGUCAUCUGUGUUCAUCUUUGGUGCGAGUGGUUAUAUUGGUCUCGGUGUAACUCUAGCCAUGCGCCGUGCUGGCUAUCAAGUCUAUGGAAUGAUUCGUAAUGCGAAACAUUCUGCUACGCUGAUUCAAAAUGAGAUCGAACCUAUUGUGGCCUCGUCAUUCGAAGAUGUUCAGCAAGUUGCCAAUAUUCUUGCCUCAUGUUCAAUUAUCAUCGAUGCUGUCGGAUUCAACCCAAAACUGUCACCUAUAGUUCUAGAAGCGGCUCUUCGCGCUGGACGCGAUCGAACUCAAAAUGGAAAACUGGCACACUACGCUCCACUUUUCAUCUUUACUUCAGGCAUCAUGACUUAUGGUGACACAUCUUCAACGGGUCGUCGUCCGGUCGAUGAAACAAUCAAGCCGCGACCUCAAACGAUGAAAGGUCGCUCCAGUACCUCAUCAGCCGAUGUGACGAACAUGAAGGAACGAGAAGACUACGAAGAUAAAGUCUUGGCAAGUUCAUGUGCCUCACUCAAGACUACAGUCAUACGGCCCGGCUUCGUCUACGGUGGCCAAGGACGAAGAGAUAUGCGUUGGAGCUGGGUUCACAUAGACGAUCUGGCUGAAGGUUAUGUAGCCGUAGUACGAGCUCCACGUAGUGUUGUUGGUGGACAGCUCUAUAAUCUUGCUGCUCCGAACGACAAUCCGACUUACGAAGAAUUGCGAACAGCAAUGGCUAAAGCUCAAGGUCGAAAAGAGAAAAUUGAGUACAAGGAAGCCGUUGGCGAUACACCAUCACGAUGGGAUACGGAUUCGAUCAUCAAUCCAGCCAAGGCUAUGAAUGAGUUAGGCUGGCGACCACGACAUGUAGGUUUUAUUGAAGAAAUUGACACGUAUUACAAGGCUUGGGCAGCUCACAAAGAUGCCCAAAAGGCAGCCAAGUAA